AUGCCUCCUAUACGCACUCCACCAAAAACACCUACGGGAGAUCAGACGACCAAGUCUGACGCAAGCUCUGACUCUGGAAAUUUCGUUUCUACGCGUGCCCCUAAGAGACCAGCUGUUCGCUCACCGGAGAGUGUAGGCGCUUCAACGUUGCGUCGUAAUGAUCUGGUAACCACCGAGCAAGUAAGAGAGAUAGUCGAUGACGUGAUCAGCAAGCAGAUGGGUGAUUUAAUGCGACAAUUCCGUACCUCGGUGAAGGAUAUUUUGAAUGCAGAAAUUAAACCUCUACGAGAAGAAGUGCAUGAACUAAGAAAGUCUGUUAAUUACAUGAGCAACCAAUACGAUAGCAUUGUCAAGGAACAUGAAGCCACCAAGGAAAGGGUUAGAAAAGUGGAGACUACUACUCAGUCAAUGUCAUCUACAGUAGAAGACCUUAAUAAGCGUAUUAGUGUCUUAGAGCAAAGCAUGCGAGCAAACAAUAUCGAAAUCCAAUGCGUCCCUGAGAAAAGGACAGAGAGUUUGGUUUCUAUUGUUUCAAAAAUUGGUGAAACUAUAAACUGUCCAACAACUGAACAAAAAAUUCAACAUUGCACAAGAACUGCGAAGUUGGACCCAGCGACUAAACGUCCACGUUCCAUAGUGGUGCAGUUCUCGAGCCCGAAAUUCCGCGAUGAUUUUUUAGCUGCAACUUUUAAAGGGUAUAGCGAGAAUGUACGCGGUAUACGCACCAAAUGCUUAGAAAUUUACAAUAAUAUUUUAACGAAUAACUACGAUAUAAUAAUAUUAACGGAAACUUGGUUACAAGACGAUAUCCUAGACAGUGAAAUUUGCGACAGUAGGUACGAAGUGUUCCGGUCAGACCGAGACCUGUAUGCUACCAGUAAAAGCACCGGUGGCGGCUUAAUGGUUCUUAUUAGGCGGGAAUUGGAUGCAUUUUUGUGUAAUGAAUGGUCAGCCUCGGGCAUAGAAUCGAUGUGUAUAACAAUACCUGCGCACACGCUCAGCUCGGUAGUCAACCUACACAUUAUUUUAACGUAUAUUCCGCCGGAUUCUAACCUAUCUAGUCGUACGCUUUGCUUUCAAAAUAGUACAGUCCAAAUUAUAAACAAAUAUCCCCGCGACAACUAUUUAGUGAUAGGUGAUUUUAACCUGGCAUGCGUCAAGUGGCGCAAUAAUACAUAUUACUAUGACUAUACGAAUGUAAGCACGGAAGUACUUAACGCAGGAAUAUCAUUACUUGACGAGUUCAGUUUUUACGGUUUAUCUCAGUACUGUUAUUUAACAAACAAAUGGGGUAACACUUUGGAUUUAAGUUUCAGCAACUUACCGCUAUCAAUCUGCGAAUGUUUACGUCCGUUGGUGAAGGUAGAUGACGCCCACCCACCUUUUUAUGUGGAUAUAUUGGAUCUCCAAACUGUACCAUUGAAAGAACGUCAUGAACCGCGGUUCAAUUUUCGUCAAUGCGACUAUACUAUUAUUAACGAAUUUCUUUUAAAUACUGACUGGCCAACCAUGUUGAAUGCAGACACAAUUGAAGGUGCUGUUGACCUAUUUUAUUCAAAAUUAACUGAAUGUUUCACGUUAUAUGUCCCUAUGAAUAAUGUUAAAGCCAAAGCUUAUUAUCCUAUGUGGUACAGCACUGCAUUAAUCAAAGUGAUAUCCGAAAAAUAUAAAAAGCACCAGAAAUGGAAAAGAUGGGGUAAUCCACGGGACUAUCACGAAUUCUCUUUGUUGCGGUCCAGAGCUAAAGCUAUGCAGAUCUCCUGCUUUAACCAAUUUAUUCACAACUCCCAAGAAAUCAUUCGGCGUUCGCCUAAAUAUUUCUGGAAAUAUGUAAAGAGUAAAAAGGGUGGCUCCAAUUAUCCAACGAAGUUUAAACUACAUAAUGUGGAAUAUACGGACGGACAAUCUAUCUGUUCUGCGUUCAAUUCAUUUUUCGAAAGUGUUUUUAUAAGGCCUUCACACAGAAUAAGGGUGCAGGCUCUGACGGCAUACCACCUAUUUUUCUAUCAUCCUGUGCUAAAAGCUUAG